GCUGUUCUCGCCUUGGGCCGUUGGUGGAGGGAAAAGCCUUUAUAUUUUCGCCUUUAUUGACUUAUUUAAAGGGCGUGGGGGGGCGUUAUGGUGGCGGCGGGGGCGUGAGAGGUGCGGGCGUGCGUGGGCGGCGUGGGCGGCGUGGGAGACGUGUAUAACGAGAGAAAAAGAGGAAGAAAUAACGAGACACACCCCGACUUGCUAUCCUAUCCUCCCCUUCUCUCUCUCUCUCUCCCUCUCUCUCUCUCUCUCUCUCUCUCCGGCUGUAUAUAAGUAAGGUGAUGGUUGGGCUACAAAAUGGCGGUUUGGGCGGUUUUUGGGCGUGAGGGGGGUCGCGGUUUUUUUCUACGCCUCCCCCUCCCCCCCGCCCUACGCCCCCGCCCGCGACCAGCCCAAAACCCGCCCAAUACAGCCCAAUUGGUCUCAUUCUCACGCCUGGGCUUGGAGAGCCAGGUAACUCCACCACCACCACCACCACCACACCACCACGAGGAGAAGUCACCACCACCACCACCACCACCACCAGCGUCACCACCACCACCAAAAUCCUGCGCCGUACCCUUAAGCUCAGUGGUGGCGCAGACCUCUCACACACACACCCAUUUUUCGUUGUGAUGGAAACACUACCACCACUACUACUACUACUACUACCACUGCUACCAGAACUACCACUAGGCCUACUGAAGGAGCCAUGGGUUGUGCUCCUAGCCUGCAUGUGUCCGAUGCGGGCGUCCUGUCCUGUAGAGAAGAAGAGGAAGAGGAAGAGGUUCACACUAAUGCCAAUCAUCAACCUACUUCUACCGCUACUUCUACCACUACUACUACUACUACUACUACGACUACUGUGCUUAGUGCGGCUUAUAACCAGCGGCAGGGUCCAAGAGGUCAGCAACAGGUCAGCCAGUCUUGGGAGGUUCCUGUUCACCCAUUGAGGUUGGUGACGGUCCCCCCCCCUCCCCCCCCUCCCCCUCUGGACAAGAUGAGGGGACAAACACACACACACCUCAAAGUCCUACUGGUGUUCUCCCGCGAGGACUCCGUUUGCUGCGCUUGGAAGACAGCCUCCAACCGCCAGGGCCACCACAUCACCAUAACCCACACGCAGGAGCAAGCGGUGUGUGCGUAUGGGGAGCAAACACACGAUUUAGUGGUGAUUGACGCGCGCACUGCCAGGGGGUACCAAGCGGGCGGUAUUUGUUCUGCUUUACGCCAGUGUGACGGAGGGCAGCUGGCCGUUUGUGUGGGGGUGGUCAAACGCAGUUUUGCCGAUAAGGAAAAUGCAACUGUCGGUCCGCUCCUUAAGGCCGGGUUCAAUAGGAUCCUCACGGAGACCAGCAGCGUGGGAGCCAUUCUCAAUGAGCUGGUCCAGUUGGAGACAUCAGAAAUCGCGAGCCAGGUCCAAGUGUGUGCGUCCCAGGCCGUCCUGUGCGCGCUGGACACAUGCAGGGAGCUGGUGCACAUAACAGACGCACACCACAGGAUUAAGUACAUCAACAAGGCCACUGAGAAUGUCCUUGGGUACUCCCUCGAAGAAGUAGUGGAUAAAAACCUCUGGGAGAUCCACACGCCUCACUCCACCUCCUCCACAUCCGCCGCAAACACCACCACCUCCUCCUCGGCCGCCACGGACCACCACCGCCCCUCCCUGGAGUUCCGACAACCGCUUCAACCAGACCACCUCACCACCGCAAAUUUGAAGAAUGUGGAUGGAAAGAUGGGCUCGGACAUCCCGGAGCCCGUACACCAGGCCGUGCGGAGGGGGAGGGAGUGGGAGGGGCUGGUGGCAUGUCGGAGGAGGUCAGGGGGGACCCUACACCUCCCAUCCAAGGUCAUACCCGUGGGCCCGCUGGCAAGCAGGCGCAACCAGUUCUAUGUGUACCUGAGUGACACCCACACACCCGACGCACACCCGCUGGACCUCCACCACUUCCACCACCACCACCACCACCCCCGCGGCUCCAUCAAGUCCCUCAGGAAAGGCUCACACUCACACGACCUGCGCGCCCUGACGGCCGACGGCGGCGGAGGCAACAUCGGCCCAAACACCGGAGGUACAAACGCACAAACAGGUGGGAUUAUCCGACGCCAGAGCCUCGUCAAACUCCACAGCCUAACCAUCGAAGCGCCAAUCACCAGGGUCUUCUCGAUCAUUGCUGCGGCCCAGGACAACUCCCCCGCCUACGUCGCUCAGGCCCUAGAGAAGGCGGUCGAGAUUCUUCGCUCGACGGAACUCUACUCACCCCAGCUUGUCCCUACCGUGGGGGGCGGAGGAGGGAGUGUCGGAGGGGGCGGGGAUGGAAUGGCCGGGGUCCGAGCGAUGGUUCCGGCGGCUGAUCCUGUGGCCACGGAUUUGCUUGGGGGCUUGUUGGCGCAAGGACCCAAACCUCUGCUGUCCGGGCGCCGCAGCAGCAACGACACAGCGGUUUCAGUGGGCUCGGCAGGGGGGGGGAAGGUCACCCAGCCCCCUGCGGCACUGGCGAGGCCCUCCCUACCGGCACUCAACCAGCAGGCAUCCUCAGGCAUCCGGGAGUUGCUGGCGGGAGACAUGAUGUGGAACUUUGAUAUCUUUAAACUGGAGCGGAUUUCGGAUAAGAAGCCUCUCGUGUGGCUGGGAAUGUCACUGAUGUGCAAAUUCGACGUUCCUGCCACCCUGGGCUGUGACGAAACCACCCUCCAGAACUGGUUGACCCUGAUCGAGGCAAACUACCACCUCGACAACUCCUACCACAACUCGACUCACGCGGCGGAUGUCCUACAGUCAACCGCGUACUUCGUCAACAAGGAGCGGCUGAGGCACCUCCUUGAUCCGCUUGACGUCGCUGCUGCUCUGGUGGCAGCUGUGGUGCAUGAUGUGGACCACCCUGGGAAGAAUAGCGCCUUCCUCUGCAACACUAACAACGAACUUGCCGUGCUGUACAAUGACCUCAGUGUCCUGGAGUCACACCAUGUGGCGGUCAGCUUCAAACACACUCGCUCGGACGAUAGGGUCAACAUCUUCAAAGCACUUGACCGCGACACGUACAAACAUGUCCGAAAGAGUGUGAUUGACAUGGUGCUGGCAACAGACAUGACGCGGCACUUCGAGCAUCUCAGCAAGUUCAUCAACAUGGCCGGGGCUGCGUCAACCUCCAUCUCCGCUUCCGCCGCCGGAGUGGAGAGCGGAGACAGUGGCGAUGACUGUGGUGGUGGUGGUGGUGGUGCGGAGGGGAGCAAUGGGGUGUUUGAGGAGGAUGGCCUAGGACAACAUGCUGACCUCCUGGCCUUCGGGAGUCCUGAAAACCUUGUCAUUAUCAAGCGGAUGCUGAUUAAGUGCGCGGAUGUCAGCAAUCCACUCCGACCCCUUCCGCUGUCGAUUGAUUGGGCCUAUCGGAUUGCUAACGAGUAUUUUAACCAGACAGAGGAGGAGAAGGAGCGCUCCCUUCCGAUCGUGAUGCCUCAGUUCGACCGCACAACUUGCUCCAUUCCAAAGUCACAGAUUGGAUUCAUCGAUUUCUUCAUCAACGAUAUGUUUGACGCCUGGGACGCCCUGGCCGACAUCCCCGAACUCCUUGAACACCUGAGGUCCAAUUACCUGUACUGGAAGGAGCAGGAGGAGGCCGGCAUCACUGCACCUCCACCACAACCACCACAACCACAACCACCACCACCACCAACACCUCCGCCACCGAAUGGAGAGAAAAUUGACGCACAGGAGGAGGAGGAGGAGGAGAUGAUAAAGGAAGAGGAGGAGGAGGAGGAGAAGAAGGAAGAGGAGGAGGAGGAGGAGGAGGAGGAGGAGAAGAGUUAAUGGGAGGAAGUGAUGCGCACAUGUGUAUGUUUUUCAGUGUGCGUGUGUGUGUGUAUGUAUGUAUGUAUGUAUGUAUGUAUGUUAGUGAUUAUUAUUAUUAUUAUUAUUAUUAUUAUUGUUAUUAUUAUUAUUAUUAUUAUUAUUAUUAUUAUGUGCCAAAUGUGUGUGUGUGUGUGUGUGUGUGUGUGUGUGUGUGUGUGUGUGUGUGUGUGUGUGUGUGUGUGUGUGAGAGAGAGAGAGAGAGAGAGAGAGAGAGAGAGAGAGAGAGAGAGAGAGAGAGAGAGAGAGAGAGAGAGAGAGACUGUGUGUGUGUGUGUGUGUGUGUGUGUGUGUGUGUGUGUGUGUGUGUUCUCAAAAAUAAUGAUAAUAAUAAUAAUAAUAAAAAUAAAAUACCCAGAGAUACAUUUAAUACACUAACUAAAUUAAAAAAAUACAUAUUAAUACAUAGAAUAUUUAUAUACAGGAAAUAUAUUUAUGUAUGAUUUUAAAAUACACAAAGAAAAUAUUUAAUAAUUAUUUUUUUUAUAUAUAUAUUUAGAAGGAGGAGAAAGAGAUUUAGUAGAUAAUUUAUACAUAUAUAUAUUUUUUAAGAGUUAUAUAUAGAGAGAUAAAUUACAUAUAUUAUUAUUGUUAUUAUUAUUAGGAGUUAUAUUUUGGUGUGUGUGUGUGUGUGUGUGUGUGUGUGUGUGUGUGUGUGUGUGUGUGUGUGUGUGUGUGUGUUGUGAGGAAAGAAGGAAAGAAAGGAAGGAAGGAAGGAAGGAAGGAAGGAAAUGGAGAGAAAAGGAAGGAAAUGAAGAGAAAAGGAAGAAAGGAAGGAAAUGGAGAGAAAAAGAAAGGAAGGAAGGAAGGAAGGAAAUGGAGAGAAAAAGAAACAAAGGAAGGAAGGAUUAGAGAGAAAAGGAAGAAAGGAAGGAAGGAAAUGGAGAGAAAAAUAAAGGAAGGAAGGAAGGAAGGAAAAUCUGAUAAAGUGUCGUUCAAGAAAUGGAAAAGAAAUUAAGGAAGAGAAAGAAAGAAAAGGAAGAAAAACAAGAAAAUUAUGUAUAAAAACAAGAAAAUUAAAACAAAAAGAAAAUUGAGUGAAAACAACAAGAAAAACAAGAAAAUCAUGUAGAAAAACAAGAAAAUUAAAACAAAAAGAAAAUUGAGUGAAAACAACAAGAAAAACAAGAAAAUUAUGUAGAAAAACAAGAAAAUUAAAACAAAAAGAAAAUUG